AAGAGAAUAUAAAUCCAAAACCCGCCACAUCUUCUUCUAUACGCUUUCUCUCUCAUCAUCCUAUUCUUGCGUGUGAUGCCCUUAAGAAACGGUCACAAAGUUCUUGUUCUCAAUCUCAAACUCAAACUAGAGACGAAGAUGAAGACAAAAAACAAUUCACAAAAACACUACAACAACUCACAAUGCCGAAUCCAGAAACUAACCGUCAACACAAUCGCCAAUCUCACCGCUCCAAAACUCGACCCUCAUCGGUUCGAACCAAACCUCGAUCCAAAUCAAGAGUUCCUCUUACCAAAUUACUCCGAGUAGCUUCAGUUGCCGGUGGUAUUCAAUUUGGUUGGGCUUUACAGCUCUCUCUUCUAACCCCUUAUGUUCAACAGCUCGGAAUCCCUCACGCUUGGGCUAGCAUUAUAUGGCUCUGUGGGCCUCUUUCUGGGCUUCUUGUUCAACCGGUGGUUGGUCAUUUGAGUGAUCGGUGUACUAGUCGAUUCGGUCGUCGGAGACCGUUUAUUUUCGGGGGAGCUGUGUUUAUAGUUAUUUCUGUUCUUAUUAUUGGUCAUGCUGCUGAUUUGGGAUGGAAAUUUGGUGAUACAAAGGAACAUCGAAGUUCCGCGGUGGGGUUUUUUGUUUUCGGGUUUUGGAUUUUGGAUGUUGCUAAUAAUGUUACUCAAGGUCCUUGUAGAGCAUUGCUUGGUGAUCUCACUGGUAAGGAUCAUCGAAGGACACGUGUCGCAAAUGCUUAUUUCUCCUUAUUUAUGGCUAUUGGUAACAUUCUUGGAUAUGCAACUGGAUCAUACAGUGGUUGGUACAAGGUCUUUCCUUUCACGCUUACCCCUGCAUGCAAUAUUAGUUGUGCGAAUCUCAAGUCUGCUUUCUUUCUGGACAUUAUUUUCAUUCUGAUCACCACCUAUAUCAGUAUCAUGGCAGCUAAUGAGGUGCCUCUAGGGUCAAGUGAGGCAGCCAAUGCUGAAGCAGCAGAGUCAGGUGGUAGUGCGGAAGAAGCUUUUCUGUGGGAGCUAUUUGGGACAUUCAGAUAUUUUUCAAAGCCUAUAUGGGUAAUAUUGUCUGUUACUGCUCUAACAUGGAUUGCGUGGUUUCCAUUUCUUCUAUUUGAUACCGAUUGGAUGGGCCGAGAAAUUUAUGGCGGUGAGCCAAACGGAGGCACUAGUUAUGAUACCGGAGUUAGAAUGGGGGCACUUGGUUUAUUGCUUAAUUCAGUUGUUCUUGGAAUAACAUCAUUACUCAUGGAGAGGCUAUGCAGGAAGCGGGGGCCUGGGUUUGUGUGGGGAGUUGCAAACAUCCUAAUGGCCAUCUGCUUUGUAGCAAUGCUUGUAGUAACCUAUGUGGCAAAUACCAUUGGUUAUUUAGGCAAAGAUCUACCGCCCACCAGAAUCGUGAUAUAUGCACUGACAAUCUUUACCAUUCUCGGGUUUCCACUGGCAAUCACUUACAGUGUUCCAUAUGCCUUAAUUUCUACGCAUAUUCAGUCAUUGGGGCUCGGCCAAGGAUUGUCAAUGGGAGUGCUAAAUCUUGCAAUCGUGCUCCCACAGAUGAUAGUGUCCUUAGGAAGUGGACCAUGGGAUCAGUUAUUUGGUGGAGGAAACUCUCCAGCCUUUGCUGUGGCAGCUGUUGCAGCCCUUGCUAGUGGACUCAUAGCUGUCUUGGCUAUUCCCCGAACCGGUGCUCAAAAGCCUAGAAGCCCAGUAUGAGUUGUUCGUUCUGCUUUUGGUACAGAUUUCUUUUGAAGAGGGAUUAUGAAAUUGAACAGGUAGAAAUAAUUUGUAUAUAAUUAUGUUUUACUUUUAUUAGUAGUUUUUAUUUUAUUUUAUUUUCUUGAGUUUUCCUUUCACAAAAAACCUCCCUCCCCAUAUUUUUUCUUUCUAAUAUGAAUAAUGGAAUACAUUGAUGCGUUUUCAUCUGGUUGGUCAUUAUUUAAAACCAAUGACCUAAAUUUAGAGUGCUAUUACUUUUUGAAGUUUUGGAAACUUCAGACUUUUUCCUUGUUUUCUUCUUCUUAGUGAUCUUGAUGAGUGAGUGGUAUGUUUAAAACAGUGAGAAUAUCUGUUUCGUUAACCAUGGGGGACCAUGUACUGGCGGUAAGAAAGAAUGAAUACUCUUGAUGUACAAGGAUUACCGAACAAUGUAAAAGAAGCAAUUCAUAUUGCACUGCUUUUUCAAA